AUGUCUUUCGCCGAUAUUUCCAAGAGCUUGAGCGACAUCGAGCGCAAGGUGACCAAGUCCAUCAAGAUCCUCCAGAAGGGCAGCGACUUGAACUACAAGGAUGCCAUCAAGCUGGGAACCAAAUCCAACUCCAUUGUCAGCACGAUCAACAAGGGCAUCAAGGACUACGGAAACUUCAACCCCUCCGACUCAGAUGCGAAGAAGCUCCUGGACCAGAUGAAGACCAUCGUGGAUUUGACCGAGACCCAGUUGACCAGCAUGGUGUCAAACAAAGGCCGACUUGAGAGCCUGAAGGUCGGCGGCCUGGUGAAGAAGAACGUGCAGAAGACCGAAGUUGCCAGCAAGGAGCUCUCCAACGUAAUGACUGCGAAGGCUCCUGCGAACCUUAAGGCGGAGGCCGAAGCGUUGGAAAAGAGACGUGAGGCUGCUUUCAGCAAGGCUAACGCAGCCUUCGCCAGCUCCACCGGUGGUGAGAAUGAUGCUCUCGAGGAAGACUCUGAGUAG